CCCUGGCCCAGCCCCCAGCCCCAGCCCCAGCAUGGCCGAGCCGCUACUCAGGAAAACCUUCUCCCGCCUUCGGGGCCGGGAGAAACUUCCCCGGAAAAAGUCGGAUGUGAAGGAUAGAGGCCGCCCAGCCCUGAUCCCCGAACCCAGUGCCCCUGAGCCAGCACCUGAACUCCCCAAGCCAGAGCCCAUAGCCCAGGUGACAGGGCCUGGGGAAGAGGAACCUCCUAGCCCUGAAGUUUCAAGAAACCCAGCCCGGGGGGCCUACCUGCAGAGCCUGGAGUCCAGCAGCCGUCGCUGGGUGCUGGGAGGCAGCAAGGUUCCUGAAGAAACAGUGCUGGGACCUGGAGGGCCCACUGAACUAGCUGGAGAGAUCUGGUACAACCCUAUCCCAGAAGAGGACCCCCUCCCACCCCCAUUUACUGUCCCUCAGUCCCCAAGUCUGGCUCUAUGCUCUAGGGCUCCUAACUUCUCUGCUCUGCUCUAUAUAGGGGCAGCCCCAGAGGUCGUCCCCACCAAUGCCCCUGCUAAAUCAGCACGAACCAAGUCUCCAGGCCCUGCAAGGCGCCUCUCAAUGAAGAUGAAAAAGUUGCCUGAGCUGAGGCGGCGACUGAGCCUCCGGGGGCCCAGAAGCCGGAGAGACCGUGAGACCGAACGGGAACGGGCAGCCCCAGCUGGCUCAGUCAUAAGCCGAUACCACCUGGACAGCAGUGUGGGAGCACAGAGGUGUACAGAGGGAGCACAGGGGAGCCAGGCUGGCUACCUCAGUGAUGGUGACUCCCCUGAACGGCCUCCUCACCCAUCUCCUGCUGCCUUCCGGCCCUAUGAAGCUGCCCCUCCACCCCGUGCCUCACCCCCUGCCCUCUGGGGACGCCUCAGCCUACACCUAUAUGGGCUAGGGGGCCUGCGCCUGCCACCAGGACCCACCCCACCAAAUAUCUGCUGUCUGCUACAAGUGGAUGGGGCCCCAAGAGCCAGAACAGGACCACUUCGGGGGAGUGGUACUGAUUUCCUGAGGCUUGACCACACCUUCCACCUAGAGCUGGAGGCUGCCCAUCUUCUCCGGGCCCUAAUUCUGGCUUGGGACCCCUGUAUUCAGCGCCACCGGCCCUGUGCUCACGGCACUGUGCUGCUGCCUUCUCUUUUCCGAGGGUGCCGGGCCCAGCAGCUAGCAGUGAGACUAGAACCCCAAGGCCUGUUAUAUGCAAAGCUGACACUCUGGGAACAGCAGGAAGCCCCAGGAAGCCAAGAACCCAGAGUCUUUGGGUUACCUCUGCCACUGCUUGUAGAGCGGGAACAAGCUCCAGGUCACGUGCCCCUCAUCAUCCAGAAGUGCAUUGGGCAGAUCGAGAGAAGGGGGCUCCGGGUGGUGGGGCUGUACCGGCUGUGUGGCUCAGCCGCUGUAAAGAAGGAGCUUCGAGAUGCCUUUGAGCGAGACAGUGCAGCAGUCAGUCUCUCAGAGGACUUGUAUCCAGACAUCAAUGUUAUCACAGGGAUCCUCAAGGACUACCUAAGAGAGCUACCAACACCACUCAUCACCCCACCACUCUACCAAGUGGUCCUGGAGGCUAUGAGGCAAGGGCCACCCAGCUCAAGCAGGGUAAAUCCCCAAGGGACCAGAGAACUCCUGCAAUGUCUGCCUGAAGUUGAGAGGGCCACGCUGACAUUGCUCCUGGAUCACCUGCGCCUGGUGUCCUCCUUCCACACCCACAACCGCAUGACCCCUCAGAACCUAGCUGUCUGCUUUGGGCCCGUGCUGCUGCCCCCGCGCCAAGCUCCCACCCGGCUCCGAGGGCGCUGCCCUGCCCCCGGCUCGGGCUCAGGUUCCGGCCUCGCCAGCGCUGUGGACUUCAAACGUCACAUCGAGGUGUUGCACUAUCUACUUCAAGCCUGGCCAGACCCGCGCCGCCCCCCGGAUCCUCCAGACAGCGUCCCCUACCUCCGCCCGAAGCGGCAGCCCCUGCUGGACCUGCCGCUGGGGGAGCCCGAAGUGGUGACACGGCCCCGAGACCGAGGUGGGCCCGAGAGCCCCCCUAGUAACCGUUACGCUGGCGACUGGAGCAUCUGCGGGCGGGACUUCCUUUCUUAUGGGCGUGACUUCCUGUCCGGCCCAGACUAUGACCAGGUCCCUGGGAGCGACAGUGAGGAUGACGACGAGGAUGAAGGCAGAGAUCAAGCGGGGGCCGGUGACUUCGAGGGGGACUUUGCCCUCAUGGAUGAUGACCCUGAGGCUCCUUUCAACACCCGCCUCAACCUAAAAGAUUUUGACACCCUGAUCCUGGACCUGGAGAGGGAGCUGUCCAAGCAAAUUAACGUGUGCCUCUGAGUCCUGGCAUGUAACUGGCCUCCCGUUGCUAGGGACCAUAUAUUUCCUUGUUGCUAGGGACUAGCCUUCUGUUGCCAAGUACCAUCUCCUUGUUGCUAAGGAGAUGUCCUUAAUGGGGAUAAGUAGCCCUCUUACCUUGGACCUUUUCUUCUGAAACCAGGGACCACUUUUCUUGAGGCUGGGUUAAUGCCCUUUGUAGGAGCCACUCUACUACAACCACUUUUCCAAGCAAAAGUGAGACAAUGUAGUGGAAAGAGCAGAAUCCACAUCAAAAGAGCCUGUGCUCAAAUCAGCUACUUGCCACCACAUCAGCAGGGACAGGUCACUUCGGCUCUCUAGGCCCUAAUCUCAUUUGUAAAAAUGAGGAGAGUUGGACUAGAUGGUCUCUAUGGUCUCUUCCAGCUCUAAAAUCUUAUGACAUUACCUUGCUGUGAUCACCCACCUCCCUGAGGGGGUACCCUACACACCCUCCCUUGCUGCUGCCAGCCAAAUCAGUAUUAGCUUUGGACACAGCUCUCUGCAACCCUUGUUCCCUCAAGCACUGAAAUCAGCAGUGUCAUUUUGGGAAUUCAUGAGUUGGCCCCAGGUCAGAGUUAUCUGCAAGGGUAACUGGUAUGGAAUAUUACCCUACCUCCAAAAGGAAAUUACCCCCCUCCCCUCCAAAAUAGAUAGGGAGAGCCAAUCACUGCCUCAGAAGAGCAAGUUGGGGGAGCAGAGUAUAGGUCCUAACCCUCUCAGGCCCACCAAACUAAGCACUUACCCCUCCAUCCUUCUCUGAAGGAUGUCUUGCUGCCCAUUUUUCCCCCGUCCCCUGCCAAGAGCCAGGCUGGUAUACUUUGGUACGAACAGGCUCUUAUUUAUUGCCUCCAGCUGUGAGAAUGUGUGUGUGCAUACAUGUGUGUUAAGAAUAAGAGAGAAUGUUGUAUAAAUACAUUUAUAUAGGUGUUUGGAGCUCCAGGUCAGGGAAGAUAUGGGGAUAAGGAAUCAGCAGUGGAUAUAUAUUUUCUGAAGCCACAACCAGUAGGCACCACUGUGGAACCCCAUCCACCCUAGAUCCCUCCCACCUAUGAGGAGCCAUUGGUGGGAAAGUUAGGGUCCUUC